AUGGAUUUAGAUUUCAAGCCUUCUAUUGCAUCUCUAUCAAAUAAUUGUGAAGAAAGGGAAAUAAUGCUUAAUAACAAUUCCAUUAGUUCUAUCCCUAUUUCUGCUGGUCCCUCCAAGAUUUGUGAAAAUGACUUGAACCUUGUUGAAAAUUUCAAUAAAAUAGAUUUAGAUAAUUCUUUAAAUAUUUUGAAUUUUCAUUCUCUACCCAUCGUACCUAAAGUAGAAAAUAUGGAUUUAGACCAAUUUUCUACUGUUCCAUCCACAUUAUCUAAUAUUAAUUUAAAGCCACCUAUUGAUUCGGAUUUAAAUGGCAAAAUUUCUGAAAGAAAUUUGGAUUCAACAAAUGAUUCAAGAUUUGAUUCAAGAUUUGAUUCAAGGAAUGAUUCAAGAAUUGAUUCAAGAAAUAAUUCUAGAAGUGAUUCAAGAAAUAAUUCAAAAAAUGAUUUAAGAAAUGAUUCAAGAGAUAAUUCAAGAAAUGAUUCAAGAAAUAAUCCAAGAAAUGACUCAAGAAAUGAUCCAAGAAAUGAUUGA